AACUCGGCGCCCCGGCUUAGGCUCCGCCCUGCCGGGCGGUGUGACUAAAUACUGGCGCGCGGCUCCCUGCAGUCAGUCCAACGAGAAUCGUAGUACGUAGUGCACCGCACUCACCCCUCAUCUGCCCCGCUCCCUCAUUAGCUGGAGACUGUCAGUGCCGGUACUCUCAUACACACACACACACACUCGCCACCAUGGCCCCGCAAGCCCCAGAACAGGAGCUGAAGGACGACCUGCGGGAGGGUGAGGAGGAGCACCACGAUGUCUUGGAAGUGCGGGAAAUUAAUAUUGACAUCAAGAAAAUCAUUUCCGACCUCCGCAACCUGGACUACUCUAAGGUGGUGUGGAGAAACGUGAUUCUGUUCUCGCUCCUGCACGUCUACUCUGUGUACGGCGCCUACCUGGCCGUCUUCGCCACCCAAUGGGCCACCCUAGGCUUCACCCUGAUCCUGUACUUCAUGGCCGCCCUGGGCAUCACCAUGGGCGCCCACCGCCUGUGGUCCCACCGCUCCUUCAAGGCCCGGCUGCCCCUGCGCGUGGCCCUGGCCGUGUGUCAGACCAUCGCCUUCCAGAACGACAUCUAUGAGUGGGCGCGGGACCACCGGGUGCACCACAAGUAUAGCGAGACGGACGCAGACCCGCACAACGCCCGCCGCGGCUUCUUCUUCUCGCACAUGGGCUGGCUGAUGUACCGCAAGCACCCCCACGUCAUCGAGAAGGGCAAGCGCCUGGACCUGACCGACCUGGAGCAGGACGGUGUGGUCAUGUUCCAGCGUAAGUACUACGUGCCGCUGGUGGUGGGCACGUGCUUCGUGAUGCCCGCCGUGGUGCCCUGGCUGGGCUGGGGCGAGCACCCCAUCACGGCGCUCAUGGUGGCGGGCUUCCUGCGCUAUACCGUCGUGCUGCACGUCACCUGGUUCGUUAACUCGCUGGCGCACUGGGUGGGCUCCAAGCCCUUCGACAAGAACAUCUACCCCUCCCAAAACUCUGUGGUGGCCUACCUCACCAUGGGCGAAGGCUGGCACAACUACCACCACGUCUUCCCAUGGGACUACCGUGCGGCCGAGCUGGGCGGCCUCAUCAACUACAACAUGACCGGCCUGGCCAUCAAGGCGUGUAGCAAACUGGGCCUUGCCUACGACCUGCGGACCGUCUCGCCGGAGAUGAUCGAGAAGAGGAUCAACAGGACCGGCGACACGUCCUACGUGCCGCUCUACGCCAAGACCAAGGCCAAGUAAACGGGUAGACAGACAGACCUCCCUCCCUGCCAGUGCCACCCCAGGCCUCCCCGGUCCCUCCCCGUCCCUCUCCUCCACGACCACAACCAACAACUCUACGCACGGCCCUCUCCACUUCCUCUUCCUCCUCCCGUCACCCCCUCCACCUCCACUCCCCGUCUCGACAAGCACAAUAACCCGGUAGGACGUAAUAUGACGUGAAUGUGUCUCGCUUCCCCUACACUCAAUGGACUCCUCCGUUCCCCCUCCUAGUGACCACCGUUCCCCUCAACGUGAAAAUGAUUGAGUUUCCUCAUGUCCCGUGUGCCGUAGGUCGCCGUCUGGUGAGCGAGUGAAGAGUGCUGCAUUUACACGAUCCGUUGCCUUCUAUUCACAAAUUAUGACGUUGGUAGGUGACUGUGAAGAUGCGUCUAUAGUGUUUGUGUCUGCAGACGCCGUGUAGGGAACGGAGUGUAUUUUUUACUCGUGAGUACUACUACUACUUCUAAUACCACCGCCACACUCAUAUACUUGUAUACAUAGAUGUCCCAUUACUUACUCUUAUUGAUAUAUACCCGCACACAUUUACAGUGGCUACACACAUACACACACACACGUAGCUGGGAAGGAUGUGGUGUCUCAAGCAAUUUCUGAAGCUUUUCCUUAAAAUUCGAGUCUUUCACAACCAUUGAUUAGAUGUAGAGAAGGAGAGGGAGUGGAAGAUUGGCUGAUUUUAACUCUCUCUUCUCUCUCUCUCUCUCUCUCUCUCUCUCUCUCUCUCUCUCUCUCUCUCAAGGUCGUGAACCCCCUGAGCACCUGAGUUUUGUCAUGACGAAACACACACACACACUGACACACACACACACACACACACACACACACACACACACACACACACACACACACACACACCUGGCCGCCACCUGCAUCAAUGUGUGUGUGUGUGUGUGUGUGUGCGUGAGGACGUGUUGCACUUCCAGAGAGAGAGAGAGAGAGAGAGACCCGUUACUUUUCUCAGCAAGUUUGUUACGUCAGGAUAUGUUAUUCUUUACAUAAUCUGAAGAAAACCGUUCUGUUGGCACGCGCGGUAAAGAAUAUAAUUUUUUUACUUUAUAUUGAAAGUAAUGUUAAUGUUAUCUUUAUAUUAGAGAGAGAAAGAGAGAGGGGGGGGGGUGAGAGGGAGAAUUAUGGUUGUCAGUAUUAGGACAAGCAGAAACAAACAGUAUUGCACUUAAUAAGAACAAAAACAAACGCGAAAACAAGCGUAUCAUGGCAGAAAAAAAAAUAGUGUUAACUUUCAGGUCAGGAAAUGACUGAUCGUGCCAAAGAGAGAGAGAGAGAGAGAGAGAGAGAGAGAGAGAGAGAGAGAGAGAGAGACGCAAGGGGUAGAGGAGAUAAAUCAUGAAUCGUUUAGAUAUUGGAGAACAAUAAUUAUGUUUAACUUUAUGAAUGUUCGAAUGGAAAAGAAAAUAAGGAAAAAAAAUACAUAGGAUCAACCACUUCAAAAACGGAGGAAAAAUCAGUAAGAAUAAUUGACUUGUCACUUACGACAAAGAAAUAGUAAAGUUUUGGCCAUUUAGAAAGAAGGAAAAGGACUUAAUAUAAUUAACUUGUCACAAACACGGAAGAAAUAGUUGAGCUUUAUGCUGUUGUUGCCAAUUUUAAGACGAACAAAAAACCUCAGACUAAAUUUGCUUCCUCAAUCUGUCACAAACUCAAAAAUAGUUAAGUUUUGAUAAGUGGGAGUGAAGGAGAGGUGUGUUAUUUUUGCCUCAAGAUAAAAAAUAAAAAAAUAAAUUUGCCUCAAUCUGUCACAAACUCAAAAAUAGUUAUGUUUUGAUAAAUUAGAAUGAAGUAAAUGUAUGUUAUUUUUUUUAGCUCAAGACGAAAAAGGAAAGAAAUAAGACCAAAAUCGACUCCCCUGUAACGAGAGAGAAUGAAUUUACACCUUGAAAGAGUACUAUUAAAAGAGUGAAGAGAAGCAUGUAUUAAUCUAUUUCAAGACGAAUAAUAAAAAAAAACAAGCCAAAAUUGCCUCCUAAACCUGGAACAAGAGUGAAUUUAUACCUUUCUAAGAGACAACAGUAAGAGUGAAAAGACGUUUGUUGCCUAGUAAGACAAAUAAACAAAACAAACAUUAAGAUAAACAUUGACAGAGAAACUCAAACCAAAACUUCCUCUAAAUCUUAAACCUUAAACAAUUGAGUGUAUUUGAACCUUUGAGAGAGACUAUUAAAAGAGUGAGGGGACAAAUGUUUAAAAGUGUGGUCAUCCAAGUCCUCUGUGUGUUGUGUUGUGCUGUUACUUGAAGAGUUGUGUUGCGAGUGUUGUUUUUUCCUCUAUAUUGUGUUGAUGUAUUGUUCCUUAAGCCUUCAUUAUUAUUAUUAUUUUUAUUAUUAUUAUGCAUUAUUGGUCAUUACGUUUACUGAUACAAUUUAAACUUUUUACUUGAUUUUUAAUGUUAUUGUAAUUAUUAUUAUUAUUAUUAUUAUUAUUAUUAUUAUUACUUUUAUUAUUAUUAUUAUUAUAUUAUUAUUAUUAUUAUUAUUAUUAUUAUUACCACUAUUAUUAGGGUCCCAGUGAGUCUAGUCAUUGUCACUUACUAAUGAAAUCUCGACCACUUAUAACAAUCCCCUUCCUUUCCCUUCCCUCCCCUCCCCUUCCCUUCCCUUCCUUUCCCUUCCCUUCCCUCCCCUCCCUGCCCCUCCCCUCUCCUUCCUUUAACUUCCCUUCCCAUUCCUUUCCAACCCUUCCUUUACCUUUACCUCCCUUUUUCCUCUGUAGUUUCUCUACAUCUUUCCUUUUGCAACUACUACUACUUCUGCUACUUCGUCAGUCCCAACGCCUCCCUCUCCUUGUCUGGCUCCCUUCGUCCCCUGCCCAUCCUAAGGCCUACAUGUCCCUCCUUCCUCCCCCCUCCCCUUAUACCCCUUUAUCAUACUACUGCUCCGUCAGUCCCCACUCUUCUCCCCUUCCUGUUUAACUCGCUCCGUCCCUUGGCAACGUUCAGCCCUAGAUAUCCCACCCUCCCUUCCUUCCCCUUUUCCUCCCCGUCCCUGUACGCCUUCCCUUAUUGAGUAUCUAUGGUAAUGCUUUGAAGGUGAACGUGACACUGGAGGGGCUAGGCGGUGGGCAGGGCACCGGGUCACGUGGGUUUGUUUACUUGGAUCAGCUGAUUAUGCCUACCCGGCUGUCUGCCCGCCUGCCUGCCCGCCCCUCGCUAAUUUGUUAUUUACUUCUGUGUUUUGUUUUGGAUGACGUGUGUGUGUGCCGCAUUUCAGUGUAUUUACUGUAAAAAUACACUAUUCCAGCUGUAGGGACGGUGGUGUAGCGUGUUUGACAAUAUCCCAUCUAGGGUGCAGCCUUUGUUCAUCUUGGUAUAAUUCGCUGUUAUAUUGGACGUUUGUGUGUGGGAACCGUUGGCCUUGUUACAGCAGCGUCAUGACGAGCCAGUGUCACUAGAGACGACUGGCAGUGGAGAAACUACUGAGCUCUUAUUUGUCACCUGAGGACCAUAUGAGCACGUGUUACUAUGCAGAUGACUUGAUCAAAUGAAUGUGGUUUAUCCUUGUUCCUGUAGGACCAUUAUAAUCACGUGAUCCAGUACAGUAGACUUAUAUAAAGAACAAACAACAGAUCUUUAUAUUUUCAGUACCGUACUUAUAUCCCCUUACUAUAGAAACUGGCUUCCUCAGAGUACAGCUUUUUUUUAUACAGGUCCAUUAUAAGCACAUGUUCAAGUACAGGAGAAUUAAAAAAAAACAAAUUACAGAUCUCUUUCACGAGCCCUUACUAUAUAAACUGCCUUCCUCAUGCCACAGUUUUAUCAAUAAAGGACCAUUAUAACCAUUCACCUACACAGACUACUAAACUGCCCCUUAACACUCCUUACUACUACUAAAGAACAAACUAGUGGGUUUGGUCUUCACUCCCCCCAGACCCUUGCAAGCUGUUAUUAGCAUCCCCAUUCACGGACUACUUAUAGAUGGUCUUUAUCACUCCUUACUACUACUAAUGAUCAAACUAGUGGGGCUGGUCUUCACUCCCGAACCCUUGCAAGCGAGUGUUACCAUACAGGCGACUCCUAAUGAACAAAACAUGACUUUCUUGUACCGAGUGACAUCAGACGUGGAGGUGCUGGCCGGUGCUGGGGCUCGCCUGCCACUAAUUAACACACCUGUCUGAGUCUGCACUUGUAAAUAUAUUCUCACCUGGGCGUGGUUAUGGGACGAGACGAGAGUAUUAUAUUAUGGAGUGUGUGUUUCUAUGUUUAGGGAUAGUUGUUAGGUUUGUUAUGAUGCAAGGAUGACAAAAUAUAUAUACAGAAAGGUGUUCCAAUGAUUCACUUACCUGAUGAAAAAUAAUAUAUAAAAAAGUGUUCUAAUGACGUAUUUGCUGAAAAAUAUAUACUAAAAAUUG